AUGAGCUUGCAUAGCGCGCACACGCUGGAUACCUUACAGGAAGAGGCCGGGACUCCUAGAAGCAAACACAAUGUUUCUACACAAUCACCUGCACUGCGAGUGAAGACCGGACUAUACCCGAAGCCUAGCAGUGGAUCCAGCAAUGGUAGCAAGACCAUAGGAUUAGGCAUUGCACGUAGACCUAGCGACAAUCUACUGAUGAACUUAGCCCAGGAGCAGCAGAGGCAGCAGGGCCAGCCGUCAGCUGUGGUACCGCCGCCUUCGCGCAAACAACUGGUUUCCAGUAACGAUAGACCGCUGUCCAACGAAUCAAUCUUAACACAAAACUCCGCAUUAUUUUCCUCUAAUCCGAACUCCACCGCAUCAUCCUCCAGCGACAACUCGCGCGGUUCUUCUUUUAUCGAUGAUCUCUCAACGGAUAGUGUUAAGCGUAUCGGUGACGAAACGACUUUCGCGGAAACUGACGGGGAAUCCACAAUAGACCUAACAUCCACUUUAGGAUCAGAAGUGUCCAACUCUACCCACCAGAGUCUGGUCUCCGCACCACCUAAGACCCGAUAUGUUUUUACAAAUAGCUCCCUGACACGAUCACAGGUGUCAUUUUCAGCCAGCAGCCCCUCUCCUUUGAAAAACAACAUAAGCCCUAACGCAGCCCCUAACAAGCUCUUUUCCAAAUCGACAUCUGCUUUAUCACAACAACAGGUUUUGACUCCUUCUCAGAGGUAUCGCCUGCGCAAAGAAAAAAACAAGACGGCAUUACAGAAUUCCAUAAAGCAAAAGGAAAAGUUCUACGAGGAGCAGGAGAGCCCCAACACGGGUGGUUAUACGAACGAAAGCGACAUCGACAACUCUUUGAUUUGGAACAUUCCUGUAGCGUCAAACAGUACGAACUCGUUUCUGAUGUCUCUGAAACCACCUCCAAAAACCACCAGAUCCAAAAGCACGGGAGGGUUUUCAAGGUCUUCCUCUCAGCAUUCUAACUUAUCUGAGUCUAACUCUGGGUACCUCGACUACCAUGAAAUGCCACCGUCGCCAGUACCGGGCUUACACAAGACUUCUGAUUUUGAAUAUCUCCAGAAAACUUCAGAGAGUUUGUCGACCAUAUACCAACACUCCUCGAAUAGGUUUUCUCAAAGCAAACUAUGGGAGCGGAACAGCUCAAUGGAAUUUUUGCCAAUGCAGUUUAAAACAGCUAGUGAUGAAGGAAUGGAAGACCUAAGACUUGUUUCUGACGACAAAGUUCGGCUGUGUAGCCCCUCAAGGCCUACGUGGCUGCCCCCAAAGGUCGAGAGCGAAAGGAAGAGCCAUGAGGAACAGAUAAACAAAACAAUGAGUAUGGCCUCGAUUGACUUGUUAGACAAAAGUCGCGAAAGAGAAGAGCGUCUUGUCCGCGACGAAACAAACCGACAAAAAAUUGUACUGCUAAUUGACCGAGGCUUAACUCGGCAGUCCUCGUUACACAAUCUGAAAAAAAUUAUUUGGGAUACGCAGUUAAUGCCAGAGGUUCGAGCUCAAGUCUAUGAUAAAAUUCUACAAAGCGAAAGUCGCUUGAUAUCGAAGUUAUAUAUUGAGCCACUUCGAGACAUCUCCAGUGUUAUGGAUAAAAUGCAUUUUCCUAGAAGCAAGCAAACGGAAAUUGAGAGGCUCAUUGCUCGUAUCCCUGCAAUUGAGGAAUUGAAGGAUGUUGAGGACUUGAAACAUCUCCUCAAACUCAAAUCGAUUUCUAGCAAGGGACUAUUACCUGGCGAUGAGCUUUUAUUCUUUCAUCUUUUGAUUGACGGCUCAUUCUCCAAUAUUGAGCAAAUAUGGGAGAUGGUUAACCUGAUACAGCUUACAUGCUUCAACGAAGUGACAGCAGAGAAGUUUGAUGCUCGCGCUGUGGGCUCGCGUGGUGUGGUAGCGCACUAUCUCUGCAAAAACGAUGAGUUCAAAAACGAAUUCAACUCUCGUUGCCUCAAUAUUGGAACAUGGUGGAACGUGCUUCAGCGUGUCAACCAUUCUCUCUUCAUGUGGUGUUUGGACGUGAUUGUCGCUCACAAUAGUCAGUGCUUCAAAGCGUCUUCUAUUCAGAAGGAGAAAUUUGUUGAUAAGCCAUGGGAGCUGUACAUGUCACAACACGUUGUUGUCAACUACAAAAUCUUGGUAUCCAUGAUGCUAAGUGUUCUACUUAACUAUCAUUUUGGCUUUAACGACUUGAUCUCGUUGGCCGAUUUACAGGACAAGGAAUUCCGUAUACCCUGUCCCAUGGACACCUUACUCGAUGAAUCUUCGGUUUAUGAGGUGUUUGUCAAGAAAUGGCGUCAUUACUAUAAGAAGUUCUGA